GCCGGGUCCCUCACAUCACCAUUGAGUCAUGUGCUCUCAACAUAGGCCUCUGUUUCCUGAAAUAUCCGAAGCCCUUUUUAGUGCGGCUAAGAAACCACGAUAAGGAGUUACAAGCGCAUUAUACCUUUAAAUCCUCAAACGCUGAGUCAGACCAGGACCUGGAGGGAGUCCGUUUUCAUUCAAAGAAUCCGACGGGUAUACUUCCAGCUGCAACCUCAACCAACAUCUUGGUCGAUGCUAUUGUCUUCUCGCGAGGCGAUUUUAACCGAAAGAUCUUCUUUUCAAUAUUAGGAUCACAGGACCCUCCUCUGGCAGCUCUAAUAUCCUGCAAAGGCGAAGGACCGGUUAUUAAUGUUGAGGAUGAUAUCAUUGACUGGGGCAAGGUUCCUACUCUAACUCCUAGUCCGCGAAGUCUACUAGUGACCAACGAAUCUCCAAUAAUAGCCCACGUCUCGGUGAUAAUCCACCAAGAAGUCAAAGCUUUUGAGGCUACUCCAUCAGAAUUCGAACUCGCCCCAUUCGCCCAGUGCACGCUGACGAUCACAGCAGAGGUGAACGACAUCAUACAAUUCACCGGUCUUCUCGAAAUCCUUGUUGAGGAGGCCACUUCUUCGCACAAAGUAGAACUGCAGGCAUUCGGUAAGGGCACUACCAUUGUGUUUGAGCCCACUUUGCCGGCUAACCUGAACCUGGGUCAACACUUUGACACGACACCCCUGCGUCGCGUAUUCCGGGUACGAAACCGUGGUCGGCGUCUACAAAGACUCAUUUGGUCGGUUGAGGAGCCGAUCGUGCAUAUCAAGACAAGCGAACAGGCCAAGGAAGAGGCUUUUACCAAUGCUGCUUCUGCUCUCGACAUCACCAUCCUUCCCAACCGUUUCGAACUGGGGCCUGGCAAAUCAACUGAACUAGUCAUUGAGGCAAAAGCUUGCUGUCCCCAACUGGCAACCUGCUGCAUUAAAUGCCACACCGUCAUCGACCGACGGGGAGCCAAAGAAUUGAUAAAGAAGAUCACGUACUCAGCGGAAUUCAUUGCUCCUAACGUGGAAACUACACCAAAGAGUUUGCUAUUUCACAUUGAAAAGGAUUUGGCCUUAUGCAUGGCAGAGGAAAAGAGGAUAACAGUCGAGUUUGAUCCGAAUUUCAAGGAAGAUCUGGCUUCCAGGUGCUUGGACGACAAUUUAAUCAUAGAGUUUUUGGAGCACCCAUCGAUUCAACAUGUUCCACUUCGUGGAGAAGUUCUGUUUCCGAAUUUGAAACUUCAAACAGAUCUGGUCGACUUUGGUUGCAUUCUCAACCAUAGCGAAUCUGCCCAAGUAGUGACGCUGAUGAACAUCAGCCCGCUGGAGGUACAUUAUCAGUGGAGUUUUCUCCUCGGCGACUGCCCGCAUGUGGUGUUCAAAAGCAACUCCAGGACAUCUUUAACCAGCUCCUCCCCCUCCUGGCUGUCAAAACAUCAGGCCCUGUCCGCGGCCCCGCGUCUACAGUCGGUAGCAGACGCUUCCGCCGACCUGCAAGUCGACACGACAAACCAAAAACGAGCCAGCGUACCUUUAGUGGCUGCAGCCGUACCAAGCGUUCAUUCAGCUCCAGUAACAGAAGUCAAUCGUGUUGUGGAUAGCCUGCAAACGCUCAACAAAUCAACUGCACAGUUAGGCAUAGAGGAAGUACUGGAUAUAACUCCACUCUGUGGUGUCAUCAAACCCGGUGGGGUUCAACCUGCGAUGUUUUCCUUCUUUGGACAUCCAAACAUAGCAGUCGACGUAUGCGCGACUUGUGAAGUGAAGGGUGGACCCAGUUACGAAGUUCAAAUUAAGGGAGAGAGUUCUGAAGUUGAAUACUCCGUUGACCGUUUCGAAUUGAACUUUGGUGCACUCAUCUACAAACAGGAAGCGGUUGAAUGUUUCAACAUCUUUAAUCUCGGAAAAAUCGGUUUCGAGUUUCAGUUAGAAAUUGCAGAGCUCUCUGAUCGCAGUUGUAAAAUAGAUGUAAGCCCCUUGAGUGGCUUCCUUGCAGCUGGGUUGGCUCAGGAGGUUCAAGUGCACGUACUUUCGUCGAGACCGGAACCCUUUACGGGUGCACUUUCAUUGGUGGUUGCCAAGACUGUGCCGAGACGGAUCGGCAUUCAGGGCAGUGCGGAAUUUCCUCACCUACUUCUCAGUCUACCGAGAAUCGUUGUAGGCAGCGAAAACCGAGAAACGGAACCACCAGAGCUCAAGAAGGCCUGUGGAGAUGUACCAUGCCUGCCAGAAUAUGUGUUGAAUUUUGGACUGACACUCCUCUGUCAGUUUCCCAGACGCACUGUUCGACUGAUAAACCUCGGCAAUUUCAAAGCAAAACUGGAAGUAGAUAAGGCGGGAAGGCAAGCCGCCCUAGAAUGCGGUUUCACCUUUAGCCUGGAAAGCAGUUGUCAACUCCUUGGUGCUCCUGUCUUCGAUGCGUGCAGCUUCGAUGUCAUGUUUGAUCCGGCUGGAGCUCAGGCUGAUGUGGUAGUCCCUACUCUCAUUCCGAACAUCCACAUCCUUGAAUUUGGUGAGGUGAUCGUCGGUGAGGCCAAGUUAUGCACUUUUCAGUUGCACAAUCCAUGUCCUAUACCGGUGACAUGGCGGCAAAUGCUUCCAAACGAGACCGAGGACAUCUCGUCAGAGGAGAGGGGGAAUCUGACCUAUACUGACCCACGACGACGUACUCGAAAGCGCAACCUUAAUCCCCUGGGGUGUUUAGGGAUUCCAACCUUUGAGAUGAUCCCGUCCUCUGGAAUAAUUGAGCCUGAAAGUAGGCUGAAUGUCUGCCUCAAAUUUUGUCCAGCAGCCGGAAAUGUCUACAAAGAGAACGUGGUUUUACAGCUUACCAACAGCUACAUUAGGCCCUGUGUAGCCGUUAGCGGCUGGGGAGUCGAACCACGUCUUAUUUUUGAGCCGUCCUCCCUACAGUUUGACCCCAUCUUACCGACAAUCGGCGAGGAUGUAAAAGAGCUCAUCGUGCGAAAUCCCUGUCCGUUCCCCAUCGAGUUCUACAGUCUCGAAUAUGAUUUGGAGUAUAGGAAGGAAAACGCUAUACUUGAAACCCUAACGGAAUACGAUGACCAUGGAUGUCUCCUCAUGCCGUUGCGGCAACCGGGCGAGAAACUCCCGAAAGAAAUCUUUGUCUACCACGAGAAACAUUUCCUGCAGCAGGAGUUGACCAGCGUGCCCGCUCCCAGUGACAAACCUUUGACUGAGAGGACUAAGGCUGGACGACGUCGACGCCCAUCUACAAAAAUAGGAGUGUCAUUGGCUGACUCGCCCGAUACGGAUUCAACCAGCGACGUAACCAAACCGGUUGCACUCUCACUCGCCCGUUUUCUGGGUAUCCAUUUAAACAAUAAACAGUCUGACGUAGGAAAUCGAAUGGGCAUUGCAAUUAUCAUUCUAGGGACACCAUUCUCCGGAAAGACAAAACUAGCUCAAGAACUGGCUCAGAAGUAUUGUGCCGCCUGUAUCAACAUUGAUGCCGCUAUCGACUACGCCCUGAAAUUUAACUCUUCCGAAGCGGCUGCACACGCGCGUGGCUUGUGUCGGGAAACAACUCCUAAUACUGAAUUAGUGGCAGCGGGUAAGCUUUCAUUAGGCUAUACGAAUAAUACUGAAUCAUUUGACGCCUACCGCACUAAUAUACUGUUUUUUUCUUCGAUAGGCGCCAAUAAUAACCCACCGAGGCCUUCAACUGAACACAGACUAAGCAAGGAUAGGAUCAAAUUAUCUUCUACGGUAACCAUCAUUCUUGUUUCGUUAACGGUAGGAUUGCAAAUGUCACUUUUAAUAGGCGGAAACACACUGAACUAA